AUGCCAGGGUUUCGAAAUUUGCCAUUAUAUCGUGAUCUUCGUGAACUAUGUGGAGAUGAAGUAGGACAUUUGAAGAUUACAGUAAAGAACACUGUUGCUUUUUAUCAAAAUACAAAAGGAUUUCCUGGUGUUAUUGAUGCAAUGGACGAAUCAUAUGUUAGAAUAGAUCGACCUGCUGAAGAUCUCAAUUCUUACAUAAAUCGAAAACAAUAUUUUUCCAUACAUCUUCAAGGGACAGUAAAUCAUAGAAUGAAAUUUUUAGAUAUAUUUGUUGGAUAUCCAGAAUCAGUGCAUGAUACCAGAUAAUUAUUGGGGAGAUAGUGCGCACCUUUAUUUGAAAAGAUUAAUGGCACCAUGCAGAGAUAAUGGGCAUUUAACAUGUGCUCAAUGAACAUUUAAUAGAAAAUUAAAUUCUUGUUCUCCGUAUUAAAAUAGAGAAUAUAUAAGAAUUCUUAAACAAUUUCGGCAGUCAUAUCACCUCAAAUUAAGAGAUAUUGCCAGAAUAAUCGGUGUGAUACAUGUUGUAUACUUCACAAUAUAACAAAUGAAAAAGACUUAGAAUUUUUAGCACCACCGGAUGAUGAAUAUUCUGAAA